GCCAGCGGGCUCGGCCAUGGCGGACGAGCAGCCCGACAGCCUGGAGGGCUGGGUGCCGGUGCGCGAGGGGCUCUUCGCCGAGUCCGGGCGGCACCAGCUGCGGUUCCUGGUGGCCUGGAACGGCGCCGAGCGCCGGUUCGCCGUGACCUGCCACGACCGCGCGGCGCGGCGGCGGCGGGGCGGCGCGGGGGCCGCGUGCAGCUGGGCUGGCCUGCUCUCGGCCCAAGCGCUGCGCGGCGCGCACCAGCAGCUGACGGCGCUCUGGCCGCCCCUGGGGCGCUGCUUCCCGGAGCUGCCGGCCGAGCUGGGCGCGGGCGGCGGCGGCUGGGGGCUGCCGCUCGGGCUGUGGGCGCGCGCGGGGCCCGACGACGCGGCGCUGCAGGCGGCGUGCGUGGCGCUGGAGCGCUACCUGGGCCAGGCCGCCGACGGCUGCGGCGGGACGGCCGUGCGCGACGCGCUCUUCCCCGCGCCCGGGGAGCCCGACGACUGCGAGGACCCGCGAGAGUUCCGGGAGCGCGCCCUGCGCGCGCGCAAGGACGAGGCGGGCGCGCGCCUGCGCCAGGUCUUGCAGCGACAUGAGCAGACCAGCACCAUGGUGGCCCUGAUGAAGCUCUGUAGGGAGGAAGAGGACGCUUACCAGGCACUCAUCACUGCGGCCACUGCCUUCUUCCAGAACCUUCUGCAGCCCUUCAGAGACAUGCGUGAGGUUGCAACUUCAUGUAAGCUUGCUAUUUUGAAGUCUCUGGAGGAGGAGGAGCUGGGUCCCCGCAGGGUGGGGGCCCUGCAGAAGGAAGCCCAGGAGUGGUCCCAGCGGGCCCAUGAGGCUGUUGCCUCCAUCCAGGACAUCACAGUGGAUUAUUUCACAGAAACAGUAAACGCUCUAGCAGGAAUGCUGAAGCAGAUGGAGAGAGACAAGAAGAGAUUCGGCCAGGCUGCCUGGGCCACCGCCAUGCCCCGCUUAGAGAACCUGCAGCUGAGGUUGGCUCAGGAGACCCUGCAGCUCCUCAGGGCCAAGGAGCUGUGCUCGCAUCGCAGAAGGGCAGAAAUUCGAGGAAAGAUGGAAGGUCUUCCAGAGCAAGAAGAAAAUAAGGAUGUUGUAGAUGAAUUAGAGCUAAAGUAUUACGAAGCUCAAUUAGAAUUAUACGAGGUUAAGUUCGAGAUAUUAAAAUAUGAAGAAAUGCUGCUUAUUACACAGCUGGACUCUAUUAGAAGAUACAUGAAAGAUAAGCAGGAGGAGGUCAUCUACUACGACCCCUGCGAGAGUCCCGAAGAGCUGAGGGUCUUGGAUGGCGCGGCAGGACUGCAGGAUGAGGGCCACAGUGGGGAGCUGAAAGCGCUGAGCCACCGUUGCCGGCAGCUGGAGAGUCGCCGAGGUAGCAUCUGCGCCCGGAGAGCCCAGCUCAGGAAUAGGAAGGAUCAGUGCAUUGAAAACCACCGAGUCAGGCUGCAGCAGGCCACAGAGAGCACAAGGCGUCUGCACCAGCACCACGGAGCUCAGAUGAAAAGGGACAAGAUAAAAGAGGAGGAGAAAAGGAGAAAAGAAUGGAUAGACCAAGAGCGGCGAAAAACACUACAGCGGCUGAGAGCAUUUAAGGAGAGACAUACACGUCCGCUGACACCAAAGACGCCGCCCCCGGCUUCUCCCUCUCGGGACCCAGAAGUGCCAAGCUCGGAGCUCCGAGGCUCUUUGGAAACUGUCCCUGCCCCAGCGCCUGUGCCUUUCAGUGACCAAACAGAGUUCAUACCCAGUGACAAGGUGUCACUGCCACGGGACUCGCCACCCCCGCCAGCCCCACCUCCCCCACCGCCCCCACCUCCUCUACCACCUCCUCCGCCCGCACCACCCUGCCCACCCCUGGCUGCUGGGUCGUUGAGUCUGCACUUCCAGGCCUUGGGGAACAACGACCGCCCGCGACCCCUGGUGUGCGAGUCACCUGCCCAGCCCCUCGCUGUGCCUCGGGCUGGGUCCGGAGGCCCAGGCUCCAUGGACACGGUGCUGGCCUCCCUGCGGCAGGACCGCGCCCCCCGCGCUGCCGUCGGGGAGGACAUUCUGGCCGCCAUCCGGCGCGGGGUGAGGCUGCGGAGAGUGGCCCCGGAGCGGGCCCCGAGCCUCGGCGCGCCCGGCGCCAGCGACCUGGAGAGCAGCAUCCGGGCGGCCCUGCGGCGCAUCAAGAAGGCAUCGGCGGACUCAGAGGAGGACGAGGAGCAGGCCACGGGCGAGUGGGAGCGCUGAGGCCAGGGGGGCGCCAAAGGCGGGGUGCCGGAGUGGGCACGGCUGCAACCCAGCCCACAGCCCUGGUGACCCGGCACAAUCAGGGCCCGGCCCACAGCGACGAGCCUCAAUAAAGGACGGAAGCACACAGGCG